UUCGUUCAUUCCACAUUUUCCACUCAUCAAAAAAAUACUUAACAAACACUCACACUCUCUUCCAAUUCUAAAGAAUCAAGAACCUCUAUAGCCCAGCUUCAUACCAAAUUAUCAACCAAUUAACCAUGGAAUUGGCGACUUCAUCCACCAAUUGUAGAACCAUCUUCUCUCCAACAACAACGCUUGCAUGUAAACACCCUUCUCAAGUAACACAUUCUUUACUGUCCCAGCCGGUGUUUUCUCCGAUUACAAACAGAAGACCCAUUUCUUUAUCAUUCUCAAAUAUGGUUUCCAACAACGGCUACGCGGGCCAACCCAACAGAAGAUUCAGCUUUGAUACUAAUAACAGUAAAUUUUACAAAAGACUUGAUUCUUGCUUGGUCAUACCUCCACUUAAUGGCAAGAAGCCCCGUGCUAUCAUCAAAUUCUUGGGCGGCGCUUUCAUUGGAGCUGUUCCUGAAGUCACCUACAGUUAUUUGAAAGAGCUAUUGGCAAAAGAAGGGUUUCUUUUAAUAUCAGUGCCGUACAAUGUGACAUUUGAUCAUGCUAAGGCUGCUAAUCAAGUUUACGAGAGGUUUAAUUCCUGCUUGGAUACUAUUCUCACCACUGGGCUGGCCCAUGCCAAUUUAGCCCCUACUGAUCUUGUCGACCUACCUAUAUUUUCUGUUGGUCACAGUAAUGGUGCACUUAUCCAAGUACUCAUAGGCAGUUAUUUCUCUGAAAAGAUACCAAAGGCUAAUGCCAUAAUCUCAUUCAACAACAGGCCAGCAACAGAGGCAGUACCAUACUUUGAGCAGUUGGGUCCUAUAGUCAGUCAGAUGAUGCCAAUUGUGGAAGCAUCUCCAGUGUAUUCAAUGGCUAGGAGUGCCUCAGGUGAUGCGUGGAAGGUGCUACUUGAUACAGCUGGAGCAAUAAUACCAGGCAAUGAUCAGGAAUCCCUAGUUUCAUUGAACAAUUUUGUUAAUCAAUUGCCAUCAGUUUUCAGUCAGGUUACAGAAGGGAUGUCAGAGUUCAAGCCAACACCCUCUGAGAAUAGGGAUUGUUUUAAAAAGUCAUACAAUGUACCACAUACACUACUGGUGAAGUUCAGCUUCGACACAAUUGAUGAUACAGAUCUACUUGAAGAGACUUUGAGACCUCGUGUGGAGUCUAUAGGUGGGACCGUAGAAAAGAUCCAAUUGAAUGGUAACCAUAUCACACCAUGUGUACAGGAACCAAAAUGGCAAGCAGGUUCUGUGUACACUCCUGCUGAUGCCAUUGCUCAGGGCCUUAAAACUCUUUCAAUAAAUGAGAUUCGAAUCCUUUCCAAAACUAUCAGUGACUGGUUCAGACGUUUUGAAGGUUAAAGUGCUAUUAAUUCAGUUCAGAAUGAUUUUGCCAGAUCUUUUCAUCGAAAGAAGAACGUGUUACAAAAUUACUUCACACAUUAAAUACAUCAUGUAAAUUCAGUUUGAUCUAAAUAUAUUGUCAACGUCAAAGUAUAGUAAGAUGUGCUUCAUUUGAAUCCAGUGAAGCAAAAUUGUUCUGCUGCAAAAGCUGGAAUUUUCACAUUGACUGUACCACUUUGUAUAUUGUCUAUCUACUUCGUAUAUUGUCUAUAUGUGUGUGCAUGUGUAUUCUUCGUAUUACUUUUUCUUGCAUCACCUGAAAGCAGUUUGAAAUUGU